GGAAGAUGCUGCAGCAUGAAACCGUAUCUCCACUAACAGAGCGGCUGACUUCAUUCUGACUGCUGCUGCUGCUGCAUCCUCUGGACUGUUUCAAACUCGCUCAAAUAGAUUUUGGAGUUUCUCCACAUAUUUCUGUCUUUUGAGCACUUUUAACCAGGUUUUAAUGGAGUGUCUGUAUAAGACAUCUGUGGGGUGAGCAUUCUUCCUUCCCACACUCAUGGAGCACUGAGGGCCUCGCGUUGUCAUGGACAGGAAGGAGCAUUAUGAUUCUCUCAUGGACCGUAGCAAGCGCAUCAUGUGGCAGGACGACUGCUACAUGGACCUGCAGUCUACGUCCUCCUUCGCAUCGUCACAGGCAGAAAAGCAAAAUCUACUUUGGAUCCAAAAGCACAAAGAUGGGCUGCAGAGCUUUGUUUCACACUCCUUCCUGGAGGAAAUAGUAAGACACCUGAGAAAUGUGGAUGUUCUGAGCUCCGCUGAAGAGACCGGCAUCAAGGAAGCGGGCCAGUUACAGGACCAGAUUAAUAUGCUCACCACUAUCAUCAGCGGCAAGGACAGCCAGAGCUCGGACGCCCUGCAGGCGUUCAUAGAGAGCUCAGAUUCAGAGAUUUCCCAGCUUAUUUUAAACUACGAUCUCAUAGUGAAGAAGCACAAAGAGGUGCUAUUACAGCAACACGAGAAGCUCAGAGACAGAGAUUCAGCCAGCUGCCCCAAACUCAACAUCUCCUCCAGAACCUUGCUGCUGGUGGACGGACUUUCUGACUUCCAGCAGAAGGAACACGACCUGAUGCAGGUUGGAGUGACCCGAGGAGGGAGGAGAAACCAUCUGAGGCAGCUGGGGCUGUCAAAGCUCUUUGAGCCUCUCACCAAAGUCAGCCUGCCUCCCAGAGUCACGCUCACAGUCGGGGUGGCUGGUAUCGGCAAGACCACCUGGGUGCGACACUUCGUCCGGCAAUGGUGCCAAGGCACCAUCUGUCCGGACGUGCACUUCGUCUUGCCUUUGACGUUCUGCGAGCUCAACUCACUGGAGAAACUCUCCGCAGAGCGACUUCUGAAAAUGACUUUCCCUCAUCUGCCGGACGCCGGCUUGGUCCUGAGCAGCGCCUGCAGGACGCUGCUCAUCCUCGACGGUUUGGACGAGUUCCGCACCUCUCUGAACUUCUCCGACGCGGCGCCUUGCAACGACCCAAAGAGGGAGGUCUCCGUCGACGACCUGGUCACCAACAUCAUCCGGGGAAAUCUGCUCCCGGACGUGGCGGUGUGGGUGACCUCCAGACCAGGAGUGGCGUCCCAGAUCCCGGGGGGGCUGGUCGACCGGGUCACGGAGAUCCCGGGGUUCAGCCCGACGGACAUCCAGAUCUUUCUGCACCACCACUUCGCUGAGAAGGAUUUUGCGGGCAGAAUAUGGGCACAUUUGGAGUCCCACAAGGUGCUGAUGGUGAUGUGCUACAUUCCAUGCAUUUGCUGGAUGCUAGCGGAGACGCUGGUCUACAUCCUGCAGAGCGGGACGCAGGAGAGCCUGCCUAAGACCUGCACUGAGCUGUGUGUCCAUUUCUGCUCCAUGAUUGCAGAAGUGGGUGAACCCAGAGGCAGGGAGCCGGUCAAAUCUGAGCAGCUUCAUGCCACCAAUCGUAAACUGCUGGGCAACCUCGGACGGCUGGCCUUUUAUAGCCUCCUGAAGCACAAAUACACAUUCAGCGAGCAGGACCUCAGGGCCUACGGGAUAGAUUUACUGCUAACGCAAAGCAGCCUUGGCGCUGGAGUUCUCAUUCGAUGGGAGUCCACCAUACACUCCACCUACAGGUUCACACACCUGACUCUGCAGGAGUUCCUUGCAGCUACUUUCUACCACGUCUCCUCCAAGCGGGCCAUCUUUGACCUGUUCUCAGAGAGCACAAUGUCCUGGCCCAAGAUCGGCUUCCAAAACCACUUCAGGAGUGCCUUCCAGCACUCCCAGCAAGCCGAAGACGGCCACCUGGAUCUGUUUGUGCGCUUCCUGACGGGCCUGCUGUGCCCGACGACGAUAAAGCCUCUGGCCGGGCUCUUGGCCCUCGGGAAAGACGACGGAAGCCAGAAGGUUUGGGCGGCAGGGUUUCUGCAGGGCCUGCUGUCCAGCGUGGGUUCGGUGGUGUCCCUCCGAGCCGUCAACCUGGCGUACUGCCUGCAGGAGCUGCAGCACACGGAGCUGCUGCGGAGCGUGGAGGAGGACCUGCGGCAGGGCAGCCUGGCCGGGAAGCUGACGCGGCCCCACUGUGUGGUGCUGGGCUACCUGCUGCACGUUUCUCCAGAGUGCAGCGAACAGAUCAACCUGACGGGCUGUCUGAACUACCCCACGGUGAAAAGCUUACUCCCACAGCUGCUGUACUGCACCCACCUGAGGCUGGAGAGUAAUAACUUCAAGGACGACGUGAUGGAGCUGCUCGGGAGCCUCCUGAGUGCCAAGGACUGCCACAUCCACAAAAUAAGUUUGGCGGACAACCUUAUCAGCAACAAAGGAGCCAAAGCCCUGAGUCGAGCCCUCCUGGUGAACCGAACACUAACGUCUAUCAACUUAAAGAACAACAACAUUGGAUCCAAAGGAGCAAAGUUCCUGGCAGAGGCUCUGAAAAUGAACCAGGCCUUGGUAUCAAUCAACUUACAGAACAACUCCAUUGAGGAAGAAGGAGCUCAGGCCGUUGCAGAGGUCCUGCAGAGCAACCGCAAACUGGUGUCUCUAAACAUGAGGAAGAAUACAGUCGGAGCAGGCGGAGCCAAGAGGAUUGCAGAAGCUCUGAAGACAAACCGAACUCUUACAAAGUUGAUACUUUGCAGCAACCAGCUUGGGGACAAAGGAACGGCGGCUCUGGCCGAAGCUCUGACGUUCAACCACACUCUGCUGUCACUUCAGCUUCAGAGCAACUCCAUUAGCAACAAAGGAAUGACCGCCCUGACCAAAGCGCUGAGACUCAACCGGGGCCUUGUCUCUUUGAAUUUGAGGGAGAACUCGAUUGGGGUGGAGGGAGCCAAGAACAUGGCCCACGCCCUGCAGGAGAACAACUCUUUGCAGAACCUUGAUCUCACAGCAAACCUGCUGCACGACGACGGGGUCCGAGCAAUCGCUGGAGCGAUCAAGUUUAACCGAGGACUCACGUCUCUGCACCUCCAGUGGAACUUCAUCAAGUCAACGGCCACUAAAGCUCUGGCCCAGGCCCUCCUCUCCAACACCACCAUCCAACUCCUGGAUCUACAAGAAAACACCAUCGGGAACGAAGGUGUGAUUUCCCUCGCCGAAGCUCUGAAGGUCAACACGUCUCUGCGCACCUUAUGCCUCCAGGGCGUCUCGGCAGGGACCAGCGGCGCUGUUGCGAUGGCAGAAGCGCUGACCUCCAACCAGACUCUGCAAACGUUAGAUCUGCGAGGGAAUGCGGUGGGAAUGGAGGGAGCUAAAGCCUUGGCCAAUUCUCUGAAAUGCAACAGAAGCCUUAAAUCUUUAAAUCUGCAGGAGAACUCCUUGGGUAUGGAUGGAGCCAUAUUUAUUGCUACAGCUUUGAAGGGAAACCAUCAGCUAGCGUAUAUCAACUUGCAGGGAAAUGGCAUCGGAGAAUCAGGAGCAAAAGUAAUCUCUGAUGCCAUAAGAGCCAGCGCUCCCAGCUGCGUGGUGGAUAUCUAAAGAAGAACAGAAGAGUGAAGACGUUCAAUACGACAUCUCCUUGUUGGAGAUAACUCUUUGGAGAUGGUUUUAGAUUUGGACAGUCUCCUUCUGAUCUCCAUAUACUCAGAUGUCGCCUGGGUUUGUAGAAAAUGCAACAGACAUAGAGCUCAGCAUAUAAAACACGUGUUUGCACGAAUGGAUGUUUUUAUAGCACUUUGUAAUUGAACAUUUGUACAAAGGUUUUUUUAUUCAGAUUUUUCUAUAUUCUCCACUUUUUAUACAUGCUGUAUGUUCUGUGUAUUGUAGGCACAAACUGCCACAUUCAGUAAGCUAUUGAUUGAAAAGAGGAAACAAUGCAAAUAUAUUUAUGUUCAGACGAUUCAAUAAUUUGUGCUUCUUCAGGUGUAGAGACAUAAAAUGUAUCAAACAGACAAAACUAUCUUUUAUUUAUAUCCGUUUAAGCAAAAGCAAUGAAUUCAUGAAACAUGAAUCUGUGGUGUUGUUGGAUUCAGAUUGUAAUAAAUGCAGAGUUUAUGAUUUUAUAAA